AUGUCCGCGGACAUUCGGCGGCGCACUCAUUUGUUGUGCAGUGAUCAGUGCCAGUGCCUCAGGAUGUUCGCGCUUGUCGGGAUAGUGACUCUGCUCACGCUAAUCUACUUCGUGUGGACGCGAUGGGACAUCCUGAAGCUCACUUGGAGUCUUCCCGGACCGCUGCCUUUGCCGCUCGUGGGCGCAGGAUAUUUGGUCCUGGGCAAGGGCAACAAAGAUUAUCUGCAAUUUGUUGAGUGGCUGUUCAAGAAAUACUCCAGCUUCCAUCACCUUUGGCUCGGACCGCGCAUGUACUUGCUCGUCAGUGAUCCCAAACUCAUCCAAUCCGUGCUGUUUGCUCCGGAAACCCUCAAUCGCGACGAUAUAUAUGAUUUUGUGAACGUCCUGGGCGACGCCGGCGGUCUGCUGACGCUCAACGGGCAGACGUGGAAGAAUCACCGCAAGAACCUCAAUCCCUGCUUCAACGUGAAGAUCCUGCAGAGCUACAUGCCGAUCUUCAACGAAAAAGCAGGCAUCAUGAUGAAGAACUUGACCGCAAGACUGCACAAAGGACCGUUCGAUUUCUACGAGUUCAUGGACGCUUGCACGCUUGACAUGAUUUGUCAAACAACACUCGGAGCUGAGAUGAACAUUCAGAAAGGACAGAAUCAGGAUUAUCUCUACGCCUGCAACAAUCUCUUGCCGAUGAUCGGCAUCAGGAUUUUCUCGCCGUGGUUGUAUCCGGACUUUCUGUUCAAAUUCUCGGAACUCCACAAGACAACCGAGAAACUGCGCAAGAUCACGUCGAACUUCGUGGAAAAAGUGAUCAAGAGCAAAGCGUCAAACGCCGAAGAGACCAAAGGUUACAAAUCCGAGCGACGUUUGUCUGAAGACGAGUUGACGUCAUACAAGAAGCCGCAGAUCUUCAUCGAUCAAGUGAUGGAGAUGUUUAAGGAAGGCAAGCUGGAGACGAUGAUGGACGUGAAGGCGCACGUGGGCAUUAAUAUUGCCGCGGGAUUCGAAACAUCCGCUCUGACCAGCAGCUAUUGUGCUCUCAUGCUUGCCAUGCAUCCCAAAAUCCAACAGAAACUGUACGAAGAGAUCGAGAGCAUCUUCGGCAAAGACUGCAAGAAUCCCGUCGUGGAAUACGAACACUUCGACAGACUGGAAUACCUCGAUCGCGUGCUCAAGGAGACACUGAGGCUCUUCCCAGCCGGUCCUUACGCUGCGCGCAAGGUCAGCAAAGACUUCAACUUGGCUGGCCACAAGGUUCCCGCCGGCGUGCGGAUUAUGGUUAGCAUAGUCACAGUGCAUCACGAUAAGAAAGUUUGGGGCGAAGACGUUGAGAAGUUCAACCCGGACAACUUCUUGCCGGAGCGCGUCCAGGCGCGUCAUCCUUACAGUUACUUGCCUUUCAGUGCCGGUCCGAGAAAUUGCAUCGGCAUGAAGUACAGCCUGAUGAGCAUGAAGACGAUGAUCAUCCAUCUGGUGUCCAACUAUCGCCUCAGCACAGAGCUUCGCAUGGAAGAUCUGCGCACGCGAUAUGACGUAAUGCUUAAGCUGAUCAACAAGCACAUGGUGUCCAUUGAGGCGCGGUAGAGGCUGUGAUGAGAUGUCUUGCAAGUUAUAUAAAUAAAAGCUUGCAAGUG